AUUUGAAAUUGCAACAUUGUCGAAUCAAAGUUGUUUUGCGGUAGAUCUUACUUUCUUGAAUUGUAUCUAGCAACAAAACGUACAUAUGAAUAACGGUUCCUGGUUUACUGAUCUACAUUACUGCAUGAAAAGAAGCUUCAUUUGCGAAAAAUUUUUGACGCGUGAAGUUCGGUUGUGAAAGCAAAAAUUUAAAAAGGUGAUAAUCAAAAGAUUUUUAUAGAAAUGGAAAGUGAGGAAGUUUUUGAAAAUGUAUUCUACGCAAUAGGUGGCGAAGUGAUUAAUAUAACUCCAGCUUCUGGCGAAGUGAUUAAUCUAACUUCAGGCUCUGGCGAAGUUAUUAAUACUAUAACUCCAAAUUCAUUUCUGAGCGAGGAAGAAAACGACGACCACAAAUUAAAGGCGCUUUUAAAAGGUUUUGGUAUGGAAAAUGUGUUUGAAUAUUUAAAAUCCGCACAAGUAACAUAUAGAAGUUUAAAAUUUUUAAGAAAAGAGGAUCUUAAAGAAGCUAUUCCACCUUUAGGACUUCGCGUAGAAUUUCGGGAAAAGCUUAUCGGAUGGAAAAAGCAAGAGUUUGACAUUGACGAUGACACAAUUUCCGCUGAUUCCAAUGUUAUAAAUUGGCUUAAUCGUCCAACGACUUCUAAUACUUCAAGUAGCAGGUCUCCUGUUUGCCGAACAUACAUAAACAAGGAUUUAUUUACCCUGUUAUCAAACACCGCACGUGGAACAAAAAUUUUGAACUUCUACAAAGAGAACAACAGACUUGACAACAUCAACAGGGACGAAAUAAUAGCUAUUUUAAUCGAAGAAAUAUGUUACGGAAACAUUUCUCUUAAACCAAGUGAUUUUCAUUCGCUGGUAAACGAAAUUUGCUCCGUUUUUCCUAGUGAAGUAGAAACAAAGGAAUAUUACUAUAUUCCCCGGACUGGAAAAAAAAAUCCGAGUGGAAAACUAUUCUAUAAAUACGUGAACUGCCGCAAGGGCAAAAAAGGGUCGCAUAAUAUUCCUCACAAUGAAGAAAACAAUACGCAGCAAUGUACUGAAGAACUCAACAAUUCCAUUAUCAGCGCUUUAAAGUUGUCACUCAGCAAGGAGAGCGCAGAUUGGAACGAAGUUUUGGAUAAGUGGGCUAAAACUUUUUCAGCCAGGCAAAAAGACUUGAAGAACUUGGCGAGUUCCGACUUUUUAAAAGCCUGGCCGAAAUUGGCCGAUGCACGGGCACCUGAGCUGAUUAAAAUUGACUUCGAUCUUUUGUACCCAUUGAAGCAAGAUUCUUUGCACUCUAAGUGGGACCACUUUAAAAAAAAUAUUGUGCGCUUUUAUGAAACAAACAUAAAUAAUGACACUUGUAAGCAGUUAUUUUCGUUGGCAAAAUCAUUGACAAAUAAAGAUUCCCAGGAUUACUUACUUUCAAUAUUGCUCACAUCGGUAUUACAAACAUCUUCAAGGUUUACAAAUAAUUUGGGAAAACGCUCUAAAAAAAUUACAAUCAUUGACGCACAGGAAAGUUUUAUUUUGCGUAUUGAGUCCAUAAAUGAUUAUCAACGAAAAAUUGACGAAAUUGUUUGUAAAUAUUAUUCAUGCCAUUUGACAAUACAACCUUUCCUAAUUGUAGUUGGAUCUGUUAAUGAUCUAAACAGCUUUUUCAUAUAUUUCGAUUCUACUUUAUACAAAUUUUCCACAUUUCUCGAGAGCUUGGAUGUUUGCUUUAAAAUUUUUCAAGUUUUUUCCUUAUCAUAUCCUGAAGGAUGUGAAUUAGUUUGGAUUUUUAUUCAGAAAUAUUUUUUUGACAUUACUACAAAAUUCGACUGCAAGUCUUCGAAUGUGGUGUCUCUAAUAAACUUUUUACAAAAUACUUAAAACUUUCAAUAUGUUCAUCU